GGCCGCUUCACCAGUCGACGUUUUCCGGAUGUUUUUUUCUUUUUUUUCACCGCUCCUUCCCCGUUUUUUUUUUCCCCCUCGCCCCUUCCCAUUUUUUCCCUUCCUUCCCCGCUCUUCCUCCCCCCAUUCCGUUUCUUUCCUCUCUUCCUUGUCUUCUUUUCUUCCGCCAUCCCGCUCAGCUUUUCCGAUUCCGGCUCCCCUUCCUCCCCUGCCGCUCCUUUUUCCACCUUUUCCCGUUCCGCCCGCUUCUUUUCUCCUUCCCGUUCCCUGGGUCCGAAGUCUCCUCCUAUCCCUCCUCCCCUUCUUUUUCCCCGAGUCCUCCGUUUCCCUUUUCCCUUCCCGUCCGCUCCGUUAUCACGAUUUUUUUUUUCGCUUCCCCCUUUUCCUCCGGCGUUCCCGUACCCUCCUUCUCAUUUUCCUCUUUUCCCCCCUCCCCCCCCCGAAUGCCCCGCCGUUCCCGUUCUCGCUCUUUCCGUUUCCGCCAUUUUCUCCUCCUUCCUCCACUUCUUUAUCCUUCCUUUUUACUUUUUUCUUUCCCUCUUUUCCCCUUCCUCUUCCUUCCCUCCCCCUCGUUUCUUUUCCCCCCCGACCCUCUCUUUCCUUCCCGAGCUCCUUCCUCCCGCCUCCCCUCCGCCCGUUCCGUCCCUUCCUCCUUCCUUCCCCUUCCCUUCCCCCCUCCUUUUCCCUCCUUCCGGCCGUCCCCUCCUUUUCCUCCCCACCCUCCUCCCCUCCUACCCUUCCCCCCCUGCUCUUUUCUCUCCCCCGGCUUUUUUUUUUUCCGCUCCCUUAUCCAGG